AUGUUUGAAGUUUCAUUUUCAAGACGCCAAAUAGAUAUUUCACCAAUUGAAGCAGCAAGGGCAAGGUUUUUGCAAAUCAUUGUGGACUAUUUCAUCAAUGAUCAUGUAAUUGAAGUGGCUGAUUCUGAUGCUGACUAUAAUGGUCAAUCUGGGCAAGAUAAGCUAAACAAAAGGAAAUCAAGAGAGGUGCAAUAUGAAGGUGACGGGAGUAUCAAACUGCCACUUUUGUAUACAUUAGCACAUAUCUUAAUAUUUUGUUUCCCUGAAGGACCCUGUACAUUUCAAAGAAGGGAAUUGGCAACUUCACUUGAAACAAGGACAAGAUUCCCAGAAUUAGUAAUACAAGAAGAGAAACUGGUUCGGUUUGUGGUUGUCAAUGGUUUGGUUAUUGUUGAGAAACCAGAUAUUGUGCCUAUUGGUGAUGCAGAGUGGUAA